AUGGUGAAGCAGCGGAAGUCAAGAAAACCUGAAAAUCCUCGAAAUUCGGAGGAAUCUGUCCAGAACGUGGAGGAGUUAGGCAUUUCGAGGAAGAAAACAAAUGGAACCUUGGAAGAUGGCGAACAUGAAGGCAGUGAAACUCCAGCGGACGAAGUACGUGAUUCGCCUAAAAUUAAGAAAGGGAAAUUUCUCACCAUGGGUCAACUGUUGCAGCAACAAUGCAGUAACAAUGAAUCUGAAUUGACGCGGUCAUCUGGACCCUCGCUCGCUGUCCAAGUGGCUCAGGGACUAAUGUCCAACGAUGUGCUGAAACUGGACAGUGUUCUGCGUGAAGCGAAGGUGGAGAUUAUUCAAAUAAGAAAUCUUGAAACAGAGCUGAGCGGAUUAUUGGAGUGGAUGCGAAUACGUGUUGGACAUCAACAAAAACUUCUAGAACUACAUGGAAAGCUAAGCAUUGUUGGUGAACAGAUCGAACGCCGGAUUAACCGCACGGUUACCGUGGCGCCACAACCCUUAAUAGUUUUCAAUGACGAUAUGGACUCUGAUCUGGAAGAUGCUGAAAGUGGCGGGUCUGAUGAAAGUGCUGCCAGCAGCGACGAAGAAGAAGAAGAGUGGUGGGACGAGAGCGGGCUAGGUAUCGGUGAUGAGUCCGAAAAUGAUGACAGUGAUGAAUCUGAUGGUAACUCCGAUUUGGACGUGUUAGGAAAAGAGAAGGUGGAUGAUGAGAGCGACAGCGUCGGGGAAGGGGAAAAUGAUGGAGUUGAGGAAAAAUCAAGUGGUGAUGAGGAGAGGGAGGAAGAUAGCGAAAAUGAGAUGGACAUAGGGGUUGCGUUGUGUCCACGGAGGUUGCGAAAGACGACUGGGUCCGGUGUGCGGAUUGGCGCGGUCCGCCGAGCGAAACAGGCUUCGGGCGAAUUGCGAGCGAUCGCUCGGCGUGGAAGCGCAGCGCCGCCGUCGGUCUAA